GAGCCUGAUUCCCGUCUCUUUCUCUCCGCUCGGCUCGUUGCUCUCCCGCAGACUGUGUGGCUACAAAGGGCUCACCGAGCUACUAACUUCUUUUUACACUGUUUCAUUCGCGCGUACGAGCCAAAAGUUGGCGACAGAUGGCUCAGAUGACUCCCACCGGUUUAGGACGUGAUGCGGUUUUAAAAUCGGGCCUUACAUUCGUGUAAGUUUUUUCCUCCAACUUCAAACAAAUCGACGACGGAGCAAGUUGCAACCGACAUAAAGGAAUCCGGAUCUGCUCCUACAAAGGUCAAAGUCAAGAUGUCGGUCAGCAGCCACGAGAACAGAAAAUCUCGCUCUAGUUCUGGCUCCAUGAACAUCCAACUAUUCCACAAGACUUCGCAUGCCGACAGCCUGUUGACUCAACUCAAUCUGCUGCGCAAGCGAAAAGUCUUCACGGAUGUCGUGCUGAAGGCCGGCAACCGCUCCUUCCCCUGCCACCGGGCCGUCCUGGCCUCCUGCAGCCGCUACUUUGAGGCCAUGUUCAGCGGCGGGCUAAGGGAGAGCCACGAUAACGACGUCAACUUCCACGACUCUCUCCACCCGGAGGUGCUGGAGCUCUUGCUGGACUACGCCUAUUCAGCCAGAGUCAUCAUCAACGAGGAAAACGCAGAGUCGCUCCUGGAGGCAGGGGACAUGCUCCAGUUUCACGACAUCAGGGACGCUGCAGCAGAGUUUCUAGAAAAGAACCUCCACCAGUCCAACUGUCUGGGGAUGAUGCUGCUGUCGGACGCCCACCAGUGCCACAGACUGUACGAGCUGUCGUGGAGGAUGUGCCUGGCAAACUUUGCGACUCUCUUCAGGACCGAAGACUUCCUCAGCUUGCCCAGAGACAAAGUCCAAGAGUUGAUCCUCAGCGAGGAGCUGGAGGUGGAGGAUGAGAGUCUGGUGUACGAGGCCGUUAUCGACUGGGUGAAAGCGGACAUGGAGCGGAGGCACAGCGAGCUGCCCGAACUGCUGCGCUGCGUCCGUCUGGCUCUGCUGCCUGAAUCAUACCUCCUCAAGAACGUUGCUUCAGAGGAGCUGGUGAUGUGCCACAAGGUGGGCCGGGAGAUCGUUGAAGACGCCGUAAGUUGUAAGAUGAGGAUCCUCCAGAAUGAUGGGAUCGUCACGGGGUUCUGUGCAAGGCCAAGGAAAGUCAGCCAAGCCCUGCUGCUGCUGGGAGGGCAGACCUUCAUGUGUGAUAAAGUCUACAUGAUCGAUAACAAGACCAAGGAGAUCACCCCGAAAACAGACAUCCCCAGCCCUAGGAAAGAGUGCAGUGCCUGUGCUAUUGGUUGUAAGGUUUAUGUUACUGGAGGACGUGGCUCUGAGAACGGAGCCUCCAAAGAUGUCUGGGUCUACGACACUUUACAUGACGAGUGGUCCAAAGCGGCGCAGAUGUUGGUGGCCAGAUUUGGACACGGCUCUGCAGAGCUCGACCACAUGCUGUAUGUAGUGGGAGGACACACUUCUCUGGCCGGAUCAUUCCCUGCCUCUCCGUCUGUGUCUCUCAAACAAGUGGAACAGUACGACCCUCAAACCAAUAAAUGGACCCUGGUGGCUCCGCUCCGAGAAGGUGUGAGCAAUGCUGCCGUUGUGGGCGCCAAAAACAAACUCUUUGCCUUUGGGGGAACCAGCGUGAACAGAGACAAGUAUCCCAAGGUGCAGUGCUUUGACCCCUGUCAGAAUCGGUGGUCGGUACCGGCCGCUUGUCCACAGCUGUGGCGGUACACGGCAGCAGCAGUGGUUGGGAACCACGUCGUUGUGAUUGGUGGCGACACAGAAUUCUCUGCCAGCUCUGCGUAUCGGUUCAACAGCGAGACUUACCAGUGGUCAAAGUUUGGUGACGUGACAGCCAAGCGGAUCAGCUGUCAUGCAGUGGCAUCUGGAAACAGACUAUAUGUGGUCGGAGGGUACUUUGGGGCGCAGAGGUGUAAGACACUAGACUGUUAUGACCCAUCGUCAGACUCCUGGGACAGUGUGACCAGUGUACCCUACUCACUCAUUCCUACUGCCUUCGUCAGCACAUGGAAGUACCUCCCUGCGUAGAGACACCCUGACUCUGUGAAGUUUGUCGAUGAGCCGUGGCGUCUGGUAUGCAGGCAUGUGUCUCCCUUCACUGGCUCGGAGGAAGAGGAAGGGGUUUGUGUAUUCUCGGGCUCCAUCCAGCCCGAUUCACAUUAUCUUCAGCCGCAGAGGAGCGAAGGCCUGGAAACAGCCCAGAGACUGGGAGUCUGCGGCCUCUUUCCACCUGAUCUGUUUACUCGUACUUCUUGUGUAACUUUCCCAUGUGGUCCCCCAAGUCUGACUCGUUGCCAUGUAUACAGCAGGGACCUCAUAAUGGCCUCAGUAGAACAUCACAGCCACCUCUGCAAGCUUCCCUCUUUCCACCUCCUUGGCUAAAUAAGCUACUGUUCCAUCCCUGCACUGCUCCACAGACUCAGCCCGCCGUGUCAGCAGCACAUUACCAGUUGAAGUGACGUGGUGUUCUACAGUGAACGUAAAGUGAAGCUGUCGGCUGUUGUGGUGGUUUCUCUCCCCUCCUGACACUGGGCGUUUACUCAGGUGUCGGUUCUUUGGACUGAAUCAGGCCUUUCACAUGCCAGGCGUGUGGAGAAGGAGAGAAGACAUUCGGGGAAGUGUAUGAUUUUGUGCACAGCAACUAUCUUCCGGUCUGUAUUUAUAGACUUUUGGACUUGGGCUUCCCUCAAUUUUGGUGAGCUAAAUUUGCAUCUUCCUCCUCGGCUAAAAAUACAAGAGAGAGUGUGUUCCAUCAAGGCUGAAGGAGACACUCUUCUGUUGGAGAUGUUAUUUCACACUAUGGUUUCUGUCAUAUUUUUGUGUUUUUGUGUCUCAGGGUUGUGUAUAUUUUUGCCUGUACUUGUUGAAAGAAGGGUUACAUCAUUGUUGUCUGUUCUGAAAAUGUUUUUUGUUUUGUUUUCUGUGAAUGUACUAUUUUUGUGACAAACUAUUUUACAGAACUCUCUUUCAUUUUUAGUAAAUGUUCCAAGUAAAAAAGUAUGAUUAUGCUUAAUAGCAGUGGUCAUAUUGAAAACAUACACGUUGCCAAAACCUUACUAGCUAACCUUAGUGGUGGUGAGGAUUUAAAUAAGAUAAUUGUUUUCCAAGUAGUGAGAUUUGUAACUUUUAAUUUCAUGUCAUUUUUAAAUCUCUUUAGUUGAAGUCUUUUUUGUGUGUAUAGUUUGUAUAUUUGCUCUGUAAUUAACUCGUAGAAGCCUUUGAUUUGCACAGUCUGUACAAAGAAAACUUCAUGGUCUUAAUUUUGUAUCUUAGCCCAGCCUGGGUAGUGUGAAUAAUCAAAGCCUUUUUGUAGCAAAUAACCAAGUCGCUUGUCAUUUGACGUUUCAUUUAUUCUUGUGCAAGUCUCCCAGUAUAUCACCGUAGACAUCAGAUACACUGAUUCUCCAUCUGUUACUUCUUGUUCCACGUCAGUAAAUGUCAUCUUGGUGAAAAACACA